UUGCUGUAGCGGAACUAAACUAAAACAGCCUUUUUUCUAGACGGAUCUGAAAAGCUGUGCUCACAAUAAGAAACGUUCUUUUCUCGUUGUCAUAGCACAUGAGCGAUAACCGCUACUUUUUACUCUCUUUUUCUGUACUGAAAUUAUACUAAGAUGGCUGCCGUCGGUUUGAAGUGUCCAGAAUGUGGCUCGCUGGACAUAGUGGACGAUGAACAUUAUUCACAGCCACAACUUGUAUGUGCUGAUUGUGGUGCUGUGGUAUCUGAAGGUCUACUCACCACUACCAGAAGUGAAGAGCUACAAGGCACAGAUGUCAGAUACAGCAACAGCACAGAGGUGAACAAGCAGCCAUGCCGAAAUCAAAUCAAAGGCAUACACCGGGUCCGUGCGCUCUGUCGUAUUCUCAGGCUCUCCUUUGUCAUGGAGGAGACAGCUGAGAACUAUUUCAAGCAGGCCUAUGAGCAUCCUAGCUUCAUCCGGGUCAGCCUACAGAAGAAGGAGGUUCUGGCGGGAUGUUGCAUAUUGGCCACCUGCCGGCAACACAGCUGGCCAAUCACCAUGGGAACCAUGACUUGUCUCCUGGAGGCGAACCCCAAGCUGAUGGGUGUGGUUUACCAGGAGAUGGUGAAGGCCCUCAAGAUUGAGGCUCCACCCACCAGUGUCAUUGACCUACUGGAAACUCACUGUCAGGCAUACAAACUAAGUCCUCAGCAUGUUCAUGAAGAGUUAUCCGAGUCCUCCAAGGAUUUGACUAAGCGAGCCGCUGUCUUGUUGGAGCUAGCGGCGGAUGCCUGGCUAGUCACCGGUCGCCAGCCCGUUCCCAUCCUCACAGCCUCCAUUUACUUAGCCUGGCAGUCGUUGAAGCCCACCCAGACCCGGCUGAAAUACACACUGGCCAGGUUCUGCCAGAUGGCCAAGGUGGCCAAGUCCUCCAUAGCGCCGAAGCGGGUAACAGAGCUAAAAGAGGUUUUGUGUAAGCUGGGCCAGGAGCUGCCCUGGUUGAGGGGGUCUGAGAUGACACCCCAGACUGUGGUCCAGAUGGUGGAUGACAUCCUGAACUAUAGACUCACCCUCCUGAGGAAGGCUCUGAAGAGCCAUGAAGCUGCCCUGGCCUCUGAAUCUGAACUCCCACCCAGCUUAGAGGACACCCAACCUGGGCCUCGCGACGAUGCGCCCAGCCUGGAUGCUACCGCUUCCCAGCCAGAUGCAGAGAGUGCCCAGCAACCACAACAAGAUGUUGACCUGACAUGCACUGUUGUGAUGGGGGGGUUGUCCCGCGCUGGGUCCGGCCAAGUCUCCACGCCGAGCAAGAGGAGUUUGUUUGAACCUCCAUCAGUGACACAUGCAAAGAUUAGGAGGGUGCAGCUCCCGGUUAAGGAGGUGACCGGCGAUGAGGAGAUCUCAGACAGUGAAAUUGACAGCUACAUCCGUACUCCUCAGGAGAUGAGGGACUAUGCUGAGGCUAAGGAGGCGCUAUCCUCCUCUGAGGAGGAGUUCUGAGAGGAGGGCAUCACCAGCAAUUACGUACUGGGAUUGUUAUGCACUUUACUGAUAUGCAACUAGUUUGAACUAGUUUUAUCUACUUGUUACCUCAUUUUGACAACACAGUGAAUUUAUAUAAAUAUUGAAAAAUCUCUUGGAUCCUCUAAGGUAAGCAUUACCAAUAGUUUUUGUUCUACUUAUUGACACCGUUUUGGUCAAGCUUACAUUGCCUUGAAAAAUGUCUCCUUUUAGAUUUUCUCUGUUUUUGUAUUUUCUCUGUUUUUGUAUAUUGUUUGUGUUUGACUGUCCCUUACCUGCUGUGGAGUUGUCGCAACGAGGCAAGGAAAUAAUUGCAAACUGGACGUUGGGAAAUUGGUAGGGGAUGAAAUUACAGCUGAAAAUACGGGUUUAUAACAAGUUUGGUUCUGAAAAUGUUUAGUAGCUACAAAGAAUAGAGAAAAUCUGAAAGGGGACAAAUCAUUGUCUAUCAUCACUGUAUAUUUGUUUCAUGGUGUUUUGAAGUAGUUUUAUUGGAUUUAUCUUCUGCUUUAAUAAUCUACCAAUUCAAUAAAUGUGGCACAAGAAAACAAAGCA